CAACCCCACCAGAGUCGGUCAAGUCAAACAGCCAACAAGUGUCACAGCAUCAACCCCUAUUAAUACAUCGGUAACUCCUCCAGCUUUGUAACCAUAAGAAAUUAGAUAUCCCCCGAUUGCGACAAUGGCAACAGAUGAGGGAGCGCCCCUGGGCCAGCCGGCACUCGAGAUCCUGGAAGGCAGAAUAUGGGUUGAUGGUUGCUGGGACUUCUUCCACCACGGUCACGCAGGGGCAAUGCUGCAGGCGCGCCAACUGGGCAACGAGCUCUACGUUGGUGUACACUCCGAUGAGUCUAUUCUGGAAAACAAAGGCCCUACCGUCAUGACGUUGGAGGAGCGCCUGUCUGCCGUUGACGCUUGUCGCUGGGUAACAAGGUCUGUUACGCAUGCCCCAUACGUCACGCAACUAUCCUGGAUCAGUCACUUUGGGUGCAAAUAUGUGGUCCACGGCGACGACAUCACCUCGGAUAGUAGCGGUGAGGACUGCUACCGUUUUGUGAAAGCCGCGGGCCGGUUCAAAGUGGUGAAGAGAACGCCGAGCAUCUCUACAACAGAUCUCGUUGGUCGCAUGCUGCUGUGCACCAGGACCCAUUUCAUCAAGUCUCUGCAGAAGAUGCUGGCUGGUGAGGAGGGCCAUGGAACUGAGGCAGAGAGGAAGGCCGAGGGCGCGGCCAUGCUGGAGCGCGUUCGGUUGUACGCCACAGACGAGACGGGCAAAAACCCGGGUGCCGACGUCUGGUUUUGGGUGGCCUCUGAUGCGGCGAAAGUCGAGGACACGGAAGAGGAAAAGGGGUCUUUUCGGUCCCUUCUCAAGGGACCGGGACCGAAGCCGGGCCAACGAGUUGUCUACGUUGAUGGAGGCUUCGACUUAUUCUCCAGCGGCCAUAUCGAAUUUUUGCGGUUGGUUGUUGAGGCUGAAAAGACGUUGGCCCGCAAAGACGGCUGGUAUGAUGAACAAGCAACAAAUGAGCGAGUUGGCAAGGGCAGCGACUAUGGUCCGGUCUUCGUAGUCGCUGGUGUCCACGACGACGAAGUCAUUAACCACUGGAAAGGCGUCAACUACCCCAUCAUGAACAUCUACGAAAGAGGUCUAUGCGUAUUACAAUGCCGGUACGUGAACGCGGUAGUCUUUGGAGCCCCGUUUUCGCCCACCAAAUCGUAUCUGUCUACAUUGCCAUGGGGCACUCCCGAUGCUGUGUAUCACGGACCAACAUCGUUCAUGCCAUUAUCAUACGAUCCGUACGCAGCUCCCAAGGAAAUGGGCAUUUUCCAGGAGAUAUCUACCCACAAUUUCCAGGAAGUCAAUGCUGGGACAAUCGUGCAACGCAUCAUGAGAAGCAGGGACUUGUACGAAGAACGGCAAAGGAAGAAGGGGGUCAAGGCGGGCGCCGAGGCUGCAGCUCGGGAAAGAGAGAUAUUCGAGGAGGAGCAGCGUCUCAAAGAGGCGAGAACGGCUUCGUCGUGAGAUGGUUUUGGCGCAUGGAUUGAUGAAAGAAGGACCUCGGGAGGUUUUUGACGGCCAAAAUAGACAGUAUUAGAUAUCCAUGCGAAAUUUGGUUAUUAAACUUUGCAAAUUGCAUAGGACGUACCCGAGUGGCCGGGUGUCGAGGUGGAGAUAAAUCGUGUUGCAAGUUGGGUUAUUCAUGGGUAACAAUCUAUUAAGA